GGUAAAUGCUGUGGAGAGGAGUUGUUGAUAAUGAAGUCAGAGCCUGUAAAACAUGGUUUUAUAGGGAAGUAAAAUGAAAGUCCCACAUUGUUCCUGUGUAUGACAGUAUGUAAUUUACCAUUCUGAUGACCUUCAUCCAACAGAGAAAUGACAGGGCGUGGGAGAAGAGAAGAGGAAGAGCAGGAUAGAUGGAGGGACGGGACAGCAGCUCCAGAAGGAAGACAGAAAUGGCAUUCUACAUUUCAGAACUAAUCCUUGCAGCUUGUGCUAUCAAUAUAGCAAUCUUAACAAUUACAUCUUAGGUACCACACCGCACUGGGGACAGCUGAGUGUAGACUGCAGGGCUUUCUAUAUGCUUUUUCACCUGUCCUGGAGUAGAAAUCAGCAACUAUCUGGUGACGAAGCCAGUCAUAAACAAUCGUCAACAGGGAAUAGAGAGGGAGAAAAGCAAAGCAGAAAGAAGUAAGAAGCUGAGUGCAGCAGUGUUCACUAGUGGGUGAGAUGAUUAACGAUUAACCCCCCUUGCCUCCUGCCUCCACCCAUCUGGGUAGUAUAGGCCUUGAAGUGCAGCAGAUUCUUUCAGAGAAAUAUCUGAAAUAAAGGCCAACAGAUAGGGGACGCUGGCAAAAUCAGUUGGAGAGACUGAGGGGGCCAAUAACCUCUGGCUGUGGAAUCACUGCAAUCUGGCCCGUGUUUGCAGAUGAUAAUGCGCCUUUCCAAAGCCCUGAUAGACAUGGAGAUGGCAGAUUACAGUGCAGCCUUAGAUCCUGCAUACACGACACUGGAGUUUGAGAACAUGCAAGUCUUGGCAAUGGGCAGCGACACAUCCCCAUCUGAAGCUACAAACCUUAAUGCUUCCAACAACAUUGGAGCCAGUGUGUUGUGUGCUAUUUGUGGAGAUCGUGCUACAGGGAAGCAUUAUGGAGCAUCCAGUUGUGAUGGCUGCAAAGGAUUCUUCAGAAGAAGUGUCAGGAAGAACCAUAUGUAUUCUUGCAGGUUUAAUAGGCAGUGUGUUGUAGACAAGGACAAAAGGAACCAGUGUCGAUACUGUAGGCUAAAGAAAUGUUUUCGAGCAGGAAUGAAGAAAGAAGCUGUACAAAAUGAGCGUGAUCGAAUCAGUACUCGGCGAUCCAGCUAUGAAGACAGUAGCCUACCUUCCAUUAAUGUUUUACUGCAAGCAGAAGUCCUUUCACAACAGAUAUCAUCACCAAUUUCAGGGAUUAGUGGCGAUAUCAGAGGGAAAAAGAUUGCAAAUAUUGCAGAUGUGUGUGAGUCCAUGAAGCAGCAGUUAUUAGUGCUUGUGGAAUGGGCCAAAUACAUCCCAGCCUUCUGUGAGCUUCCCCUGGAUGAUCAGGUGGCUUUGCUACGGGCCCAUGCAGGGGAACAUCUCUUACUGGGGGCAGCCAAACGAUCUAUGGUGUUCAAAGACAUCCUUCUGCUAGGAAAUGACCAUAUAAUCCCCCGAAACUGCCCAGAAUUGUUGGAAAUCAGCCGCGUAGCUGUACGAAUUCUAGAUGAGCUGGUGUUAACAUUUCAAGAGCUGCAGAUUGAUGAUAAUGAAUAUGCUUGUCUGAAAGCCAUUAUCUUCUUUGAUCCAGAUGCUAAAGGCCUAAGUGACCCCAUCAAGAUCAAACGAAUGCGAUAUCAAGUCCAGGUCAGCCUGGAGGACUACAUCAAUGACCGGCAGUAUGACUCACGAGGACGCUUUGGAGAGCUGUUGCUUCUCCUGCCUACCCUCCAGAGCAUCACAUGGCAGAUGAUUGAGCAAAUCCAAUUUGUUAAGCUGUUUGGCAUGGCCAAAAUUGACAACCUGUUGCAAGAGAUGCUGCUUGGAGGGUCAUCAAGCGACACACCACAUGCUCACCAUCAUCCUCUGCAUCCCCACCUUAUCCAGGAGAAUUUGGGAACAAAUGUCAUUGUGGCCAACACAAUGCCUCCUCAGAUCCACAAUGGACAAUUGUCCACUCCUGAAACUCCCCAGCCUUCUCCCCCAGCUGGCUCUGGAGCUGAACAAUACAAACUGCUUCCGGGGGCCAUUGCAACUGUAGCCAAACAGCCCAGUUCAGUCCCUCAGCCCACCAUCACAAAGCAAGAGGUCAUCUAGCAUCCAACUGAAUGAGGAACUGAUGACUCAUAGACCAUGGUAUGGAGAAAAAUCAUCUCAAUCACUCUGGAGGUGGAACAUAGAUGGAGAUUUCCCAGGGCAAAAAAAUGUGUUAUUUUCUUAUUUGGAAAUUAUAUGGGAAAAAUAAGAAAUGAUCUUCACAUGCAGCUGUACCUAAGUGCUGUGGAACUUACAGACUAGCCUCAAUGGAAGCCUCACCCUUUCCAAAGAGAGCCAGAUGUCAAACCUUAGAUCUGUUGGCGACUAUUUCAAAAAUUGCACUGACUUGCCUGUUUUGUCACUGCCUCAACUUUUUUCCCCCCUCUUUCUCUACAAUCUGCUUUUUUUAAAGAAGGCAGCUGACUGAAUGGUAGAGAGAAACCAAGCCACAUUCACUGGAGCAUCUCUAAAUGGUUUUUUCUGUGACAUGGAGAUACACAUUUCCAGACAGGCUUGAUCCCUGGAAAAAGACAAAGAUGCAGAGACUCUGAACCUGUUGCAGCUGAAGUACAACGAUUUUACUGCCUGCUCCAAUACCUUGGGGAAAUACUACAAGUCAAAUCUAGGCUCAUAUGCUUCCACUGUCUCUAGCAGUCUGUAGCAAUGCAUGAUGAAAAUCUGCUCUCUUCAAGCACAGUUGUUUUAUAUUGAUAAUUUGUCCAUCUGGUAGAUUAGUGGUUUCUGUGAGGAGGCACCCUCAUGCUGAACAAAGUAUUGCCUUGCUGCAUCUAGUUUAGCAUUCUUUCCAUCUAACAGUGUACUGUAUCUUUUAGAUUCUUUUCUAACUUCAGGAUCUAUCACUCAAAUCCACUGCCUCUGCAUAUGAAGACUUUGUGACUAAUGGACCUUGACAGAUCAUUCCUUCAUGCCUUUGUCUAAUGGUUUUUGAGAGCACAAGGUUUGUCCUUUGCUAGGAGGGGAAAGAGAGAGAGCAUGCCGCUGGUCAAAGUGCUCUGUUGAACUUGGGGCUCCCCUUUCUCUGUCCAAGAGAGAAUUCCAUUCAGUACUAUUCAAGAAAAAAACUGGAUCCAAAUGGAAUUUAGUGAUGAUGGAAAUGCAUGUUUCAGUGAGCAUCCUAUCAAAUGAGCAAAUGGCAAUUUUUUUUCCCUUCCUAUUCACAAUAAUAUUGCAAACAACUGAGGGGACAAUAAUGAGAUGCCAAUGAACCUGCACCUGAUCUCAGCACUGCCAAACAGGUUGGUCUCUAUAUGGACUGGCUGCAUUUCUUUGCCAGAAUUUGCAGUUUACAGAAAUGGCUCUAUAUAGGAACCCAAAGAUAUACUUAGAUUGCUAUGACAUUCACCUGAAAUUUUCUUAUAGCUGACAGCUGCCACAGGGGGCAGACAGAAAUAGACCCUGGGAUGAUUUUGUCUUCAGUUAUCAUCAUUUAACAAGCCAGGACUUGACAUUUAGGAGUUAAAUUAAAGAAGCUGAAAAAGAACUAAAAGCCACUCAGAUGAUAAGGGCCCCAUGGUUUGUUUCAAUUUAUCUUAGGAUAGCAAUAAUCAAACAAUUCUCUCUGAUGGGUAGCCAUUUCAGUUUCUUAGAAAAAUGUAGUGUUAACUCACAGGACAAGUUUAAAGAUGCCAUAAGGUGAUUCUACCACCGUCCUCAGUGUUUACCUGGCAACAUUGGACUGGGUAUGAAUUCAGACUUGCAGAAUAUGAUUGCAUUUUUUAACUACUGUACUAUCCUGAAAUCCACCAAUUGAAGCCUGAUUCCAAACAUACAUACUUAGAAUUAAAGAAUCCUGAGAUCCCAAGUUGUUUUGAGUACCAGUAUCAAACUGUGCUCAGCUUUUUGUACACAAGGUUACUCCGAUCCAUUUUACCAACUUGAUUCCCUCCAAAUAUAUUGGGACUGCAACUCCCAGAAUUCCUAAUCAGCCUUCUGGGAGUUGCCGUCCCAAUAUAUCUGGAUGGCAUCAAGUUGGGGAAGGCACUCCAAAGCUUUCUUCAUGUUAGUAAUAUAAUGGGAGGGGUUGUUUGGAACGUGUUUUGUUUUUUGUGCCUUCAAGAUCGCUUUGACUCCUGGCAACUGCCUGGACAAGUCCCUGAAGUUUUCUUGGCAAGAUUUUUUGGAAGUGGUUUGCCCUUGCCUUCUUCCUAGGGCUGAGAGAGAGUGACUGGCCCAAGGUCACUAACAUGGGACUAGAAACACGGUAUCCUGGUUUCUAGCCUGGUGCCUUAACCACUACACCAAACUGGCUUUGGAAGUUACUAUUAUUAAAUGUUUGAGAGCCUCAAAUACUGCAAAUUCCCUUAUUCUGAAUAGCAUACUACUGGGAUAAAGCAGAUCCCAAUCACACCUCAUUGGUCCUGUCACCCCGUGUGAGUUGAGAAUUCAUUCCAUGCUUUCCUGAUGCGCAGUACGGGGUUGCUUUGUAAGGUAUCAGACUAAUGUUGUAUUGAAUAAGUUUUCCUUUCUGACUAGUGUCAGCUACCUUGAAUUCAAGGCAGUAUUUCCCAGUUCUGCUACCCUUAAAACAUCUAGGUCCAGAUCCUCCUGCAUGUAAAGUACAUGGUCAGGUACUAAGGUUUUGCCAAAUUUAAACAUCUUCUUAGAGCUGUGUGUGAUUCCUGGUGACUUCAUGAACAUAUCCAUCUACAGUGGUUUCCUUUUUUUUUUACUCCCCAAAUCUAGCCUACAGCCCUAGUAUUUCAACAGAAGAGAAUAUAUGUAGCUCGGGGUUAAACUGUGGAGUCCUUGGUGCUCUCUGAGCCUGGUUGUUUGCUUGUGGACAUUUCAUUACCUGACUAGGUAACAUAAUCAGUGCUAGUGAGUGUGGGGUUUGCUUCCUGUUUAAAUACAAUAGCUUGUCCUGAAAAUGUUGGUGGGGAUAUAGUUUUCUCCUUGGUAGUUCUUUGAUUAGGGUAUUGUUUUCUGCUUGAUUGUUUGUCUGGUGCUAAUCCCUGCUUAUCUAGGUGUUGGCUGCUGGAGAGGAUGUGUUCUGGUCUUUUUGUUUCCUUCUUAGCUUUUUUAUUAUCUCCUUUGAACGGUGUGUAAAUGUGGUUUAUCUCUAUGUGUCUAUUGAUGGCUGGUUUGUCUGAAUUUAGCAUUCAAGGAGCACCAAGGACUCCAUAGCCCUAGCAUUACCUGAUGUGCUCCAUUCAAACACUGAUCAAGCCCACUCUGCUUAGCUUUUCAAGAUCAGCCAAGGAUGGCUAGGGGUUGCUAAAGGUAGACCUCCUCCUUUAUUUCAACUGUAUAGAAAUUUGCUUACAAUUCUAAUAUGUUCCUUGAAGAAUCAUAUAACUUCCCAGAAUUGUUGGAAAGACAUUAGUUGCUUUAGAGAACAUGGUAGUAACCUUGUGGCAUUCCAGUUCUUGCUUUUAAAAAGUAGAAGGAUAGUUUGGAGAAAUACUUGUUUACGAUGAACACAAACUAAUUUUGUGGAGUCAUCUCUUCGUCAGCAUAUAAAGGACAGCCAAAGUAAUCCCUGCCAAAAAGGGCUGAAGUCAGAUUCUUGCUGGAAAUAAGCCAAUUUACUGCUAAUCGACCAUCAUUUAUAGGCUGCUGCUUAGGAUCUAGUCCUUUUAUGUCAGAUACAAAAAUAAAUACCCUGCCAGCACACAGUCAGUGUCCAAGUAUUGUAACGUUUGCCAAACACGACCUUGUUAUGCUAUGUAAUUUAUUAUAAUGAUGGGCUGAAUAAUUUUUCUUUAAAUUAUUGUGUAAAUAAUAAUGAUUCCAUGAAAUCACAUUUUAUAUGAACAAUGUAAAUUACAGGACUGCUUCUCCAACUUCACCAAUGUUUUAUGUAUCAAGGUUGGAGGAAGUUAUUUUGGAUGUAGAUUUACUACAUGCCAUCUUUUAGUACAGUAUAUUAAUUUUUGUUGACUACUGCCUUCCAAUGGAAACAGAGCUGUAUUUCUUUUUUUGUGUUUAAAAAAAAUAAAUACAAAAAUAUUUUCUAACCAUUCACAGACAGAUGUUAUUUAUAAGAUGAAAGCAGAUCAAUUCAUGUUAAAUACAGGGAUUUUAGUUCCUGUACAUUUCUUCACUGUCAACCAGUGUGCAUACUGGAUACGGUUAUGGAUUCAGAGAGAGGAAAAAGAUGCAGAAAUGGGCUGGAUUCACACGGUGAAUUCACUGUGGAUUCACACUGGAUUCACACAGUGAAUUCACUGUGAAUUCACACUGGACUCACACAGACUGCUUUCUUUUAACCAUGGUGUUCCAAAUAAACCACAAUUGGCUUGGUUCAUCCAUAAUGUUAAAUAAAAAACUAGGGGAUAAAAAAGUGGGUUGCUCAGCAUGUAUAAAGUAUGAAGCAUGAACUUGUGAAGAUCAUAUAUGUAAUUUACAUGUAUAUAUACUUGUGUACAUCAAGAACAAAGCUAUAAGCAAAAGUUAUUCAAGGCUGUAACAUUUGAAAUAUAUAACCUAUGCAUUCAAAUGUC